UCGCGGUCGCAGAGCAGACGCAUCGCAGCUGCUAGCUCAUCGCUCGACCACAGGCAUCGGCAAGAUCAACAUGGACAAUGUCAGUCUGGACGCAAUGCAACCAUGGAUUGUGACGCGCGUAACCGACUUGCUAGGGUUUGAAGAUGAGAUUGUGUGCUCGAUGGUCACCUCUUACCUUGAAGGCGAGCGCUAUCCAGACAGAAAAGUCUUGGCCGACAGCAUCUCUGGAUUUCUCGGUGACGGCACAGACCUCUUCACAAGAGAGCUGUGGGAGCUCCUCGAUACUGCGCAGACGGCACCAGCAGGCAUACCGCCGGCCUUUGUCGAGCAAAAAAAGCGCGAGCUGGCCGCGCGGCGAUUUGAGACUGAGCGCGUCGACGCCCAGAUUCGUACCCAUGAUCCACGAGGAUGACGAGAGGAAGCAGGUGGUUGCUUACAGCUGUGUACAUGAUACUAACGAAGUUCCGUCGGCUGGUUGCGCCUUUGGAUGGCUCUUUCAUAUAUGCAGGCUUUGACGAUGCUUCGCGCGUCCGUGACUACUAGUUUCCAGCCCUGGGAAUCUAUCCUGUGUAUGCAGAGUAUGGACUCCGUACCUCUCUGACUGCUGCGCCGUCCCUGCCCGCUUGCUGGUGCAUCUCCUGUCGUGUGUCACGUCGCACCAAGUCG